GGCCCGGGCGGUAUUUGCGCGUGUUAGGAUCACAGGGUCUCCUCGCCGCCGCGCGACCAGCAGCAGCGCCUUUUCGGCUUCCAACUCGUUGCACCGUCUCCUCGCCGCUCCGCCUGCUGCUUUACUCCGCCCACCAUGCACACCGAGUACGACUACCUCUUCAAGCUGCUCCUCAUUGGCGACUCGGGCGUAGGCAAGUCCUGUCUGCUGCUCCGGUUUGCGGACGACACGUACACGGAGAGCUACAUCAGCACGAUUGGCGUCGACUUCAAGAUUAGGACCAUAGAGCUAGAGGGCAAGACCGUGAAGCUCCAGAUUUGGGACACAGCAGGCCAGGAACGUUUCCGCACGAUCACCUCGUCGUACUACCGUGGCGCACACGGUAUCAUCGUUGUGUACGACGUGACCGACAACGACACUUUCACGAACGUCAAGCAAUGGCUCCAGGAGAUUGACAGAUAUGCGUCGGAGGGCGUCAACAAGUUGCUUGUUGGCAACAAGUCCGAUUUGACGGGCAAGAAGGUCGUCGAGUACACUGUUGCCAAGGAAUUCGCGGACCAACUCGCCAUCCCCUUCCUCGAGACGUCGGCGAAGAACGCCACCAACGUUGAACAGGCAUUCUUGACAAUGGCGAAGCAGAUCAAGGACAGGAUGGGCUCGAGCUCGGCAGCACCGGGCGCCGGCAAGUCGUCGACCAUCACGCCGGGACAGAGCGUCAACCAGCAGCAGGGCGGUGGAUGCUGCUAAGUUGCUCGCCCACUUUCCCCGCGCCGUACGCCUUCCGAUGAUGCCGUUCCCCGGUGGAGCUGCUACGACCUCCGUCCUCCUGAUCCUGACCGUUCCUCAUGUGCACCGCUCUCG